CUAGGGCUGUCUCAUUUCUUUUUUUUCUCAUUUUCAUUUCGUGGGUUUAGGUCUACACUGCAAAACACAACUGCAGGGUUUUAAACUUCUUCACAUCUCUCACUCUCACUUUCGCAGCCACCGUAAAGCUUGAAGCUGCAAAAAUGGUAGGUUUACCUUAUGGAAUCCAAUCUAUGCUCAAAGAAGGUCACAAACAUCUCUCUGGUCUCGACGAAGCCGUUCUCAAAAACAUCGAUGCUUGUAACCAACUCUCCACUAUCACUCGCACUUCCCUCGGUCCCAAUGGGAUGAAUAAGAUGGUUAUAAAUCAUUUGGACAAACUUUUUGUGACAAAUGAUGCCGCUACCAUUGUAAAUGAACUUGAAGUACAACAUCCUGCUGCUAAGAUUUUGGUUUUGGCUGGGAAGGCUCAACAAGAGGAAAUUGGUGAUGGCGCUAAUUUAACUAUUUCUUUUGCCGGCGAGUUACUUCAUGGUGCUGAAGAGCUUAUUAGGAUGGGUUUGCAUCCUAGUGAGAUUAUCAGUGGAUAUACCAAAGCCAUUGCUAAGACUAUGGAAAUAUUGGAUGAACUUGUUGAGGAAGGUUCCGACAAUAUGGAUGUCCGUGACAAGGAGCAAGUUAUUUCUCGAAUGAAAGCUGCUGUUGCUAGCAAGCAAUUCGGUCAAGAAGAUACUAUAUGCUCUCUUGUCGCUGAUGCAUGCAUCCAAGUGUGUCCAAAAAACCCUGUAAACUUUAAUGUGGACAAUGUUCGUGUCGCAAAGCUCUUAGGAGGAGGCUUGCGUAAUAGUACAGUUGUUCGGGGAAUGGUUCUGAGAAAUGAUGCUGUUGGUAGUAUAAAGAGAAUGGAAAAGGCAAAGGUUGCUGUGUUUGCUGGUGGUGUUGAUACAUCUGCAACUGAAACUAAAGGAACUGUUCUCAUACAUUCUGCUGAACAGCUAGAAAAUUAUUCGAAAACUGAAGAGGCUAAAGUAGAAGAGCUCAUCAAGGCUGUAGUUGAUUCUGGUGCCCAAGUGAUUGUAAGCGGAGGAGCAGUAGGAGAGAUGGCUUUGCAUUUCUGCGAGCGUUAUAAGCUUAUGGUUCUGAAAAUCAGCUCUAAGUUUGAACUGCGUCGAUUUUGCCGUACAACUGGUUCUGUAGCUAUGUUGAAGCUUAGUCGACCAAACCCAGAUGAUCUUGGAUAUGUUGAUUCUGUUUCAGUUGAGGAAAUUGGUGGUGCAAGGGUGACCAUUGUUAAAAAUGAAGAAGGUGGCAAUUCUGUAGCAACUGUUGUCUUAAGAGGAAGUACUGAUAGUAUACUUGAUGAUAUUGAAAGAGCAGUUGAUGAUGGAGUGAACACUUACAAGACUAUGUGCAGGGAUAGCCGUAUUGUGCCUGGAGCUGCAGCAACUGAAAUUGAGUUAGCUAAGAGGGUGAAGGAGUUUUCUUUCAAGGAGACAGGAUUGGAUCAGUAUGCUAUAGCAAAAUUUGCUGAAAGCUUUGAGAUGAUUCCUAGAACAUUGGCGGAGAAUGCUGGGUUAAAUGCAAUGGAGAUUAUAUCUUCUCUCUACGCAGAACAUGCAUCAGGAAACACUAAAGUUGGCAUUGAUUUGGACGAGGGUGUUUGUAAGGAUGUCACAACCACACAUGUUUGGGAUCUCCACAUGGCUAAGCUUUUUGCUCUUAAAUACGCUGCUGAUGCUGCAUGCACUGUGCUACGGGUGGACCAGAUUAUUAUGGCAAAACCGGCUGGAGGACCUGGCAAGAGAGAGCAACCUGCUGGCAUGGACGAAGACUAAUUCUAUGAGAACUUACUCUUGUUUUGGUCAUGUUUGUAUCUCAACAUGAUGUCCUACUACACUUGGCAACUUGGCCUGGGCAUCUAAUUUUCAUGUGAUCUUAACAAAUUUUGAUUGAUUUUCAUGGAAUAUCAGGGAUGUAAUAUGUAAAUUUAAUGUUAUUUCUCUUUCUAGAAUGUUGGUGUUCUUUUGCUGUCAGCUUUUAUUUGUUAUAUUUUUUUAUUUGGGGUUAUUAUUGUUAGUGUUAUGAUUAAUUUUUCUUGUAUGCCUGAACUGUAGUGUCAUAACUCUGUAUCAAGAACUUGCUUUCUCCAUAUCAUUGUAAGGAUUAGCAUUUAUCAA